UACGAACGGAAGGCGAAGAGGGAGGGGGUUGCUUCUUUCUCCUUCGUUUCGUUCGAAACGAGGUUCUUUGAAUAUUGGUGUUGUUAGUCAGAAACCAUGUCGUCCGGCGAGGCCGUCGUCGGCGGAGCUAAGCCGUACUUCUGUCACGUUUGCACCCGGAGAAUCACCGUCUCCGACGAAUCCGAGCCUUUCUGUCCGUUUUGCCUCCAAGGCUUCGUUGAAGAAUUCACCGAUCCCAACCCUAACCCUAACGAAAACAUCUCCUUCAGUUUCGGCCCCGAUCCUUCCUCCGAUGCUCAACUCCCCUUCCAUCCUUUGUCCUUCCUCCCUUUCCUGCUCUCCUCCGCCGCCGCCGCCGCCUCCACCACCAUCGACCUCCAGAACCCUCGCAUCUUCUCCAGUUCCUCCGGAUCCACGCCGCGGCAUGAAUUUAUUCGAUCCGAUAUGUUCGACCCAUUUAUGUUUCUCCAGAACCACCUCCAAGGCCUUCGCGCCGACGGAGCAAAUGUACAAUUCGAGAUCAACCACCCUUCGGACCCAGGGUUUCGCCUUCCGGCGAACAUCGGCGAUUACUUCCUCGGUCCCGGCCUCGAGCAGUUGAUUCAGCAGCUAGCCGAGAAUGAUCCCAACCGUUAUGGUACCCCGCCGGCGUCGAAGACAGCCGUGGAGAAUCUUCCGACGGUGACGGUGGACGACGAGUUGCUGAACUCCGAGCAUAACCAGUGCGCGGUUUGCCAGGACGAGUUCGAGAAGGGGUCGCAGGUGAGGCAGAUGCCUUGUAAACACGUCUAUCACGAUGAUUGCUUGCUUCCGUGGCUUCAACUACACAAUUCUUGCCCUGUUUGCCGGUAUGAAUUGCCAACCGACGACCCUGAUUAUGAGAAUCGGAAUCGCCAGGGGGACGGUGGUGGUGAUGGUUCGAGGUCUGGC